CUCUUCUUUGAGGCUUCAGUGGUCCCAUAAAGAACCACAUUUGAAGGCAUUGAGACUUUGUCAGAUGCUAAUUAUUGGCAAUUAUGGAUUCAGAUAUUUUCAUAUUACAUUAUUCCCAUUUCCAUUUGGUAGAGAGUAUAAAACUAUAAAUAGAACUGAUCAGACUUUUCCAUUCAAGCAUUCAAACAACUGGAGCUUCUUCUACAGUAACUAACUAACACUCUCUAAUACUAAUAGGUGUCCAAAGAAAGAAAAUGGAGUCUGCUGUGCAUAUUUCUGAAGAAUGGAGUUCUCUUAGUGGGGCUUACACGGCUGAGGAAGCUGACUUUAUGCACCAGUUGCUUGGUAACUGUGCAGUCCCACAGCAGUUCUAUGAACCUGCAAAUACUAAUUAUAUGUGUUUUUUGCAAGGGAGUAGUAGCUCAAGUGCUGAUAAUAAUAAUAUCUUUCCCACUACAAGUGGUGUCAACUGCACCAAUAGUUCAGUUACAAAUUUUGGCUAUAUGCCAAUGUGUUUUUCAGCCGGCGAUUCCAAAUUCAGCCCACAUAGAGUACAAGGGAAUGACAGCAAACAUCUAAAUGAAAACAUUGAUGACGAGUUAGGCCAAGACACAGGGACAGUGGUUCUUGCUGACAAGAAUUUGCAAACACACAAGAAACGUGAAAUACUAGUUUCUGAACCAGAAGAGGAUAAAAUCAGAAGCCGGCCAAAAUCAGGAAAAAGAUGUAGGAGCUCAAAUGAGGUCCCAAAGAACAAUAGGAAUGUUAAAUCUAAGAAGAAUACAAGGUCUGCUUCUAUAAGUACUGAAGAGGAUAUAAGUCCUGGUCCUCAGGAUCAGACUUGCUGCUCAGAUGAUGACUCCAAUGCUUCUCUGGAGCAACGCGGAGGGUCAUCUUCAAGUUUGAGUCUGAAUGAUUCUUCAGCUAUGAAGUUAAGUAGCAAAUCAACAUCUAGUAGAGGUCCUGCUACUGAUCCACAGAGCGUCUAUGCAAGAAGAAGAAGAGAAAGAAUAAAUGAAAGGCUAAGAAUCCUACAAAGCCUUGUCCCCAAUGGAACUAAGGUAGAUAUCAGCACCAUGCUUGAGGAAGCUGUCCAAUACGUGAAGUUUUUACAGCUUCAAAUUAAACUUCUAAGCUCUGACGAUAUGUGGAUGUACGCUCCCAUUGCUUACAAUGGAAUGAACAUUGGACUGGAACUUAACCUCCCCCUAAUCAAAGAAUCAAAGGAUAUGCAUAUCAUUGCAGCAAACAAGUCUCCAGCAGUUUAAGAGAUUGGGAUGCCAUUUUGUGAUGAUUUUUGUUGUGUUAAGUGUUAACUAUAUAUAUCUAAACAAUGUUGAAUAGUGAAGGAGUGUGCUAAAAAGGAAAACUAUAAGAGCAUGUUUGUUUUACAGUGUUAAAUUUAA